AUGAAAUUCACAUAUGUCCUUGCUGGGUGGGAAGGCACUGCAUCAGAUUCAAGAAUUUUAAAAAAUGCUCUUGAUCGAGAUGAUCCGUUAGUUAUCCCCCAAGGAAAAUACUACCUCNGUGAUGCUGGAUUUAUGUUGAAAAGCACAGUUUUGACUCCAUAUAGAGGCGUCAGAUAUCACCUUAAGGAAUAUACACGUAGAGGACCACAAAAUGCACGCGAGUUGUUUAAUCAUCGACAUUCAUCGUUGAGAAAUGUUAUUGAAAGAACAUUUGGUGUGUUGAAAAAAAGAUUCCCUAUCAUUGCAAGUGGCACUGAACCACACUAUGAAUUGGAGACGAUGACAGAGAUUAUCUUAGCAUGUUGUAUCUUACACAACUUCCUUCGUAGCGUGGAUCAUGAUGACUCAUUACUUCACGAAGUUGAUAAUGAGUUGACUGGAAGAGAAGAGCAUAAUGCUUCAUCGUCUCAAGUUAGGGAAGAGGAUCAUAAGAUGGGUAGUAGUAUUAGGGAUGCCAUAGCAGAUCAUAUGUGGCGAGAUUAUCAGAACUCUUAG